GCAGUUAACGUGUACCGGAGUGUUCGAGAAGGCUCUUUGCAAGCGAAACGAAACCACAACACCAGUAAAAAUGUCGGCCAUGAAUGAAGAGCACAGACAGUAUGAGGAUCUUGACAGUUUGUUGAUCGUGUCGAGGGAGAAGUGGGCGUUCAACGUCGCAAUUAACACUCACUGUAAGUGGUCGCAGUUGCAUUACAUCACAAAGUCUCUCCAACAAAAGGAGGAGUACGAUUCAGUUAAGUGUACCUGCUUCGGAAUGCUCCUAGACGUCUAUCCACAGGGGUACUUUUACGCCGGUCUCUUGCACAGCAUCAUGAUUCGUCGGAUCACUGAGAGGCAGUCAAUGGACCACGAGCUAUGGUUUGCCAUUGGCAAGAGCAAGGCGCGGCUAUCAAAGCAGGAGUUCUGCCUCAUCACCUAGCUAAAGUUUGGUCCAAUGCCCGAUGUGUUCAGACAACCGUACGACGUAGCUAUGGAUGGAAUUCAUGCAAGAUACUGGAACGAGCAGGACAGCGUUAAGCUGUAGGCUUUGCUUGAUACCUUCCGCGGGGGUAACUUUCAGCGACCAGGAGAUGCGACCAAGAUGACACUCAUCUUGAUCCCAAAUAACAUUUUAUUUGGUUAAG